CUUGUUCAUCUUCUCUCUCUCUCUCUUCAUAAAUUUGCAUUAUAAAAACACAUCCACUUUGCUCCUCCCUCUUCAAAACAACCUUCUUCGCCUUCUCCACUCUUUUUCUCUCUGACACAUCAACUACUCUUAUCCUUACUACAUUCCCUUCUCUCUCUCUAUCUACACACACACAAACAAAGACACUUACUAAACAAGAUGUCGAGCAGAAGAUCAUCACGUUCACGACAGUCAGGAAGCUCAAGAAUCUCUGACGAUCAGAUUUCCGAUCUUGUUACUAAGCUCCAACACCUCAUCCCUGAGCUCCGCCGCCGCCGUUCUGACAAGGUGUCAGCAUCUAAGGUACUACAAGAGACUUGCAACUACAUCAGGAACUUACACAGAGAGGUUGAUGAUCUCAGUGACCGUUUGUCUGAACUCUUGGCUUCAACGGACGACGACAGCGCCGAGGCAGCCAUCAUUAGGAGCUUGCUUAAUUAUUAAAAUUCUCAUUAAUUAAUCUGAGAACUAUAAAUCAUCAAUCUCCACCACGAAAAAUUAUCUUAUUAUGAUUAUGAGUAUUUGCUUCCUUCUACUUCAAAUAUUAUGAUAUAGCUAGCUAGGGUUUCGGGUCAUUGUUAGGCCAACUCAUAUAUUAUAUAAUAUAUGUUUAUGUAUGUAUGCAUCUUAAUUGUAUGUGAGGGUCCAGACCUGGCUGCAUAGCCUGUGUAUUAUCAUGAGAUCCUCUCUAAUAUUAUGAUUAAUGACACAGUCCGUUUCUUUAAUACUA